UCGACUACGCCGCGUCCGGUUUCUGUGGUUGUUCCUGCGGACGGUAGGAAAACUGCUGCUUCCGAUCUGCGCUACUAAAUCGGUUUGUGUCCCCUAAAAAAACAAUUGUGAAACGAUCGUCAGAAGUAGGUAAGAGGAGGGAGGAAAGAGGGGGAAAAAGGGGGGAGGCACAUGUGAGAAGGAGCAGCGUGGCGUCAAGUUUGCGUUGAUCACUGAGCGCUACAGUUUCAGACAUAUUUGUCAAGCGGAGGAGUCAUCAUCACCAUCCUCAUCAUCAUCGGAUCAGCUCCAGCCGCAGCUCCGAGCCAAACUGUGACUCCGUGUUGUGGCGAACUGGAGGACUGAGGUGAGCUGCGACUCUCGCUGCCUUCGACUCCCUGUGCCACCUGCAUGUGCUAUAAGCAGCCCCCGCCUGUUGGAGAGCUGCUUUGGUCCGUGACUGUCCUGCUUUAGGAGAACCCAUGGCUUCUGGGCCUCCAUCUCCCUCCAUAGGCCGCAGGCUCAGGCUGCUGCAGCUGCUAAUCGGGGCUGUGUUUGUGCUGCUGGUGUCCGGGUUUGGAUCGGCACUGGGUCAAAAGGUCUACACCAACACAUGGGCAGUCCACAUACCCGGCGGUCCAGAGGAAGCUGACCAAAUUGCCAAGAAACAUGGCUUCAUAAACCAUGGACAUGUAUUUGGUGAUUACUAUCACUUCCGGCAUCGCAGAGUGGUAAAGAGAUCGCUGUCUGAUCACAGAGGGGCACAAGUCCGUCUGGAAAGAGAUCCUAAGGUUACUUGGUCAGAGCAACAGGUGUCCAAACAGAGGAAAAAGAGGGAUACAGUCACAGAAUUUGUUGAUCCCAAGUUCAGAGACCAGUGGUACUUGUACAACCACAACCACCAGGACUUGAAUGCCAAAGCUGCGUGGCAGUUGGGCUACACAGGUAAAGGAGUGGUGGUGUCCAUCCUGGAUGAUGGGAUAGAGAAGAACCAUCCUGACCUGUCGCAGAACUAUGACCCGGAGGCUAGUUAUGAUGUGAAUGAUGCGGACCCCGAUCCUACGCCUCGGUACACGCAGCUUAAUGACAACAGGCACGGAACCCGAUGUGCUGGAGAGGUGGCGGCCGUGGCCAACAAUGGGGUCUGUGGAAUCGGCGUUGCCUAUAAUGCAAAGAUUGGAGGAGUACGCAUGCUGGAUGGAGAAGUGACUGACAUGGUGGAGGCCCGGUCUCUCAGUCUGAACCCACAACAUAUCGACAUCUACAGCGCCAGCUGGGGCCCAGAGGACGACGGAAAAACAGUCGAUGGACCCGCUAAACUGGCCAAAGAAGCCUUUCUUCGAGGAGUCACAGAGGGUCGUGGCGGUUUGGGCUCCAUAUUCGUGUGGGCCUCUGGGAACGGAGGAAGGGAGAAGGACAGCUGUAAUUGCGACGGCUACACCAACAGCAUUUACACUCUGUCCAUCAGCAGCACCACGCAGAACGGCAAUGUCCCCUGGUACAGCGAGGCCUGCUCCUCCACCCUCGCCACCACCUACAGCUCGGGGAACAUCAAUGAGAAACAGAUUAUAACAACAGACCUCAAGUCCAAAUGUACCGACUCUCACACUGGCACCUCUGCCUCCGCCCCACUGGCUGCUGGGAUCAUCGCUCUCGCCCUAGAAGCCAAUAAAAACCUCACCUGGAGGGACAUGCAGCAUCUGGUUGUGCGAACUUCUCGGCCUGCUCACCUGCUCGCCAGUGACUGGAGAACCAAUGGAGUUGCACGCAAAGUUAGUCAUUCAUAUGGAUACGGUCUGCUUGAUGCCAGCGCAAUUGUAUCACAGGCGAAGACAUGGACAAAUGUGGGGCCACAGAGAAAGUGUGUGAUCUCCGUUCUCAGUGAACCGAGGAACAUUGGCAGCCAUUUGUCGAUUGACAAAAACGUGGACGCCUGCCUGGGCUCAGACAGCUACGUGACCUCAUUAGAGCACGUCCAGGCCCGGCUCACCCUCACUUACAACCGGAGGGGGAACCUGGCCAUCCACCUCAUCAGUCCCGCCGGCACGCGCUCCACCCUGCUCCACCCGAGGCCCCAUGACUACUCAUCGGAGGGUUUCAAUGACUGGGCGUUCAUGACAACCCACUCCUGGGACGAGAACCCCAGCGGCGUGUGGAGACUGGAGAUUGAGAAUGUCGCCGGUGCCAGUGACUACGGCACCCUGACCCAGUUCACCCUGGUGCUGUACGGCACCGGCUCACCAUCCUCCAGCUCUGAACAGCCCCAGUCCAACAACGACAUAUGCAAGACGUUGGAUCUGAGUAUGAAAUGCAUUGAGUGCAACCCUGGCUACUACCUCUUUCAGCAGGGCUGUGUGAAAGAAUGUCCUGCGGGCUUCGCGGUGGGCUCCCAGCCCCUCAACUACACGGUGGGGAACUACAUCCAGCCAGCUUCCGUCCCGGCCUGCCUGCCGUGCCCGUCGCCCUGCGUCACCUGCAGCAGCCUCAGCCCCCCGUUCUGCCUGACCUGCCCCGAUCACAGCUCCCUUAACCAGAUCUCUGGCACCUGCCUGCGCCUCAACCACUCCAUGCGCGAGUCGCCGGGGGCCUUCAUGGAGGAGCUGAAGCCUUGGCUCAAGCACGACUCUCGGCUGCCCCUCACCGUCGCCAUGCUCGGCUGCAUGGCCAUCAUUGCGACCUUCGCGGGCGUCUUCCUGAUGCUGCAGCUGCGCUCCGGCGCGCUCAUCAAGCUGCCCUCGCUGGAGCCCGGCGGCGGCUUCAGCCUGAGGGGGGACAGGGUGGUGUCGUACCGCGGCAUCCCGACGGUUUGGGGGGACGACGGACUGAACACUGAAUCAGAAAAUGAAGAGUUUGACGUCCAUAACGAGAGAACUGCCUUUAUCAAAACACAAAGUGCUCUUUAAUGCCUUCAUAAGUCCCUCCUCCUCCUGCUCUACUUUUAAACUCCUCUCCUCUCCAUCUGUUUGACACUUCAUGGCUGUUCGGUGAGCUCAGUCUCAUCCGCACAUACACCCAGUUCAUUUUAUUCUUUCUGUCUUAUCAGACCCUCAUCUGCUUCUAGGAACUGGUCUCACUUGGUUGCGGGAGCCUUGAUGGGAAGCUGCUGAUUUUGAAAGCUGGGGACGGCCUAAGCUUUUCGCUCUGUUCACAGUUGGCUGCAUUUCUGUUUAGGUGUCUCCCUCCUCCAAGCGUCUGAUCGCUAACAGCAUCAGUUGGUGCAGAGUUCAUUUCCCUCCAGCUCCUUUUUGUUACAGUAAACAAAUGCUUAUCAUUUGCUGCGUCUCCCUGCCUUUUUUCCCCCCCCUUACCUUCCAUUAGUCUCAGUGCAGUAGCCAGAUGAGAUUUUUGAAUGUGAGAGUAAGAGAUGAUUUUGUGUGCGUGUGCAUUUCUGAAUGAAUGAGCCUGCAUCAUAAAGGGUGUCGAGAUCUGAUGAGCAGCCUGGAGCGUCGCGCCCCUAGUGAAGUCGUUUAAAGCGUUUCCUGUCGUUUAAUAUUUUAGCUGAUGACAGACUGACGGUUAUUAACUUAAAAACAUUUCUUCUCUCCACAUUAUUUGUUGACAUCAGGAUUUGAAACCGGUGCAGCAAAAGCCAAUGUUUUAGCAGGGAGCCGCGCUUCUCAAGUGCUUUCAAAUCAAAAGCAUUACUAGCAAUAAGAAUUUAAAUUUAAUAGUUUUAAAAGCAAGAAAUAACUAAAAGCUGCUCCAUCGUUUUAGAUUCCAGCCUCACAUUUUCUGCACUUUAGGAGAAAAAAAAAAAGCCAAAUAAAGCAAAAGACAAGAAUCUCAAACACUCAAUCGCAGAUGUUUAAUGGCUGCAUCUCAUGCACCCGUCCUGAGGGGUGAGAGGUCAAUCGGCCGAGGCGCCGCCGCGCAUGUGUGAGCCUCAAAGCAGCUGGCAGGUGUUGACUUACCUGUGAUUGAUUCCUCGACUCAGCCGACGCCGUAACAAUACAUCAAGGCUCUCCCCCGCUGUCAUAGCGAAUCAGCCCCACAAACACCAGCCUCUUGCCGUAAUGACUGGAUGCGGGUUCGUGCGUCAGGAUGUGAAGUACCACCUGACUCACCUGGCCUCUGAAGUGAUGGUUUCUUUUCUCCGCUCUUCAAAUCUCGAGUAUUGAUUAAAGCCCCACGUCGACGCUCCUCAGCUCAUCAGUGUCCCUGCACUCCAAUCCUCAUCCAAUCAGAAAUUCAAAUCAUCAAGUCGGCGUGCUUCAUACUCCAGAUGAUAUUACAGCAAAGAGAUUUUAUUAAUAUCAUUUCUCUUUAAGCGAUAUCAGUUUUUUUUUUCCUUCCUGAGCUGUAAUCAUAUGAAAUAAGCAUCGCAUUGUUUAAUCCAUUAUAGCCAUGUUGAUUUUUUGUUUUCUUCCUUUUUGUUUAAAUUUCUGCACAAAAAUGCUGAAGCUUGCUGGGAGAGGUUUUCAGAUGAUGGCGUGCAUAGAAAACUGCAGCUGCUCAUCCUUUUAUCUACCUCUCAUAUCCCACAGCGAGGCUUCGUAGACGCUUAGAGGAGCUGUUAAUUACAGAGGUGAAUUUAAAUGUGGGUUAGGCAUGAAAAUCUUCUCUGUGGUGAUUUAGGUGACGGGGUGCGCGUGCUGGAUUCAUGUUUCAGAAGGGAAAGGGUGAAAGUAAAUCAGAAACUGUCAGCUCUACUUUCCUGGAAACUCUUCUGUUCUCUUAAAUGUAUUGCCUUCGAGGAUCGGCAUCAUGCGUGGUCACACGCGGGCUUUAAAAAGGGUUACUGAGAUGAAAUGUUCACAGAUGAAAAUGGCUGGCAUUCAAGUGCUAAAUCAACCUUUAAACCAACAGGGGCGUUUCUGCUCUCCAUCUCUAAUGGGGCGUCUCCUUCUGGAUCUCAAACUCUUUUGUUGUUGUUGUUGUUUUUUUCUCUUACGUUUAUGUCACUGACAAUCAAUUUCCUUGUCUUGAGUGCAAGAGGGUGCAAAGGCACACAAAGAGACCAAUUUUAGUUUCUAAUUUUACCGCUGGUGUUGUAAAGUCUUCACAGGUGUUUCAGAAACUGAACUGAGGGAUACAGAUGUAUUAGUAAGGAGGCUGUCAAACACCAUAAAAUCCCCUCCGAUGGCCAAAAUGCAACAGAGACACAUGUUUGCUCUGCAAAAAUGCAAAACCUUACCAAGUAUUAUUGAUCUAGUUUCUAGUGCAAAUAUCUUAGUACACUAGAAAUAACAGAGAAAACUAACUUACUAGAAGCUUUUCGGCAAAAUAUAGAAGCUAUUUUUAUGUCAAAAAAAGUACUAGCUCCACUGACGAAUUAUUUUGAGAUAAUUUUUUCAUGUUAUAAGUGAAAUAAUCUGCCAAUGGAACUCUUAUUUUAGCAACAAUAUUAAGGAAUUAUUCACUUAAUCUCUUAUAUCUUGCUGAUUAGUUGCCUGUAAGAUAAUUUUGUCUUUUUUAAAGUGUUCUGACAUGUUAGCCCCAGAAACUAGAUGAAAAAUACUUGGUAAGCUCUUGUGUUUUCGCAGUGUGGUCGUUUCUGGACUGGAAGGAGACCCAUGAGAGCGGAUCUGGUGGAAAACGCUCUCAGAAACAACAAAGAUGUUAUAGUUGUUGCUUUUUGGGGAUGAUCUUUGCAGCCUACCGCCAUUAAUGCUUUGAUUGGUCUCCACUGAGCUCCGGCCUCAGACUCAACCGGCUCUGUGCAAACACCAGAAAAUGGGCAACAAAACAGGUUCCAAUUAAAAUAUGAAUGUUGAAGAAUUAUAAUGAAAAAUGCACUUUGCCUUUUCCCCGCUUCAAACUCUUUCUUUGCAACUUCUUGGAGCCCAUUAAAGCUCACAGAUUGAUUUGUUUUUCCUUCAUCUUAGGUUGAUGUAUUCACUACAACUCUUAACCGAUUCUCACUCUUUUCAUUUAAGGGUUUAACUUUUACAGAAACUCCUGAAUGGCAGCAGCCUUAAUUAGCUUGUGCUUCCUGAGCUGCUGAAGCCCAUCAGCAGCUUUCACUGCCAGAAUGUGAUAUAAAGUACACACUAAAAAGGAAACCAGAUCGCUAAUAGUCCCAGAAAGCAGCGUUUUUCAUGACUGUAAAGCCCCCACCUCGCUGGCAGUAAAGCUCAAAGCUGUUAAAUGCUGACAAAAAUCACUUUGAUGCUAAUUUUUACUUUUCUGAUUAUAAAGAUGAAACCCCAUCAUGUCGUUUUAAUGCUAUCACUCGGAGCUCGGUGUUGCUCCUGUCCCCGUUUUUACGAUGCAGUCUGAAGUUAUCCACACGAACUCGGACGUAGUUGAUAGGAGCAAUAUCUUUGGCAUAACCAAAGACAAUCAUUCAGAUGCCGUCUGUUUCGUAUUAGAACGCGUCGCCUCCAGGUCGGUUCGUCCCAUCGUCCUCCUGUAGCUGCGUUCGGCGUGUUUAGUCGAAGCCCACCGGUGAUAUGUGACGACAUGUUGCCUGUUGAGCAGCUGUGGAGGGAGGAGGUAGAAUGUAUCCCAUCGCCAUGACCUUAAGGGCUGAACCGGAUCUGCGCGCACAAGCUCGUUAAAGUCGAAGCGAAACACUUUGCGAUGGAGGAGCCGUCUCGGUCCACUCCUUUGACCUCCUCCCGCCUCCUGGCGAGGAUCCUGACCUGUGGCUGCACACAGUACCUUACAGAUUUGUGACCUAUGAUUAAUGUACAAGAAUGACUAUUCUACAUGGGACAUAACGCUAAAAUAAGGCCUAUUUUUGUACUAUAUGAAUGGUGCAGUGUAAUUUUCUUGUAAUUUAAAGAUGUUUUUCUUUUGUUUUCUCCUUUUUAUUUAAUUGAUGUCAAUUAUAGAUUCUACUAAAAAUAAAGAUCUAUGCAAAUUUAA